CAGGUUUCAAGUGAAGGGAAAAAUCUUAUGACACAGUUUCCAAGUACAAGUGUGUGCCUCCAAAAUUGUGCUAACAUUUUGAGGAAGAACCAUCAUUCACCCUCUAUUUGAGUCUGGUUCCUCCAAAGGUCCUUCAUACCAUCGAUGGGAGUGUUUCCUUGCCAUGGUCCUCCCAGGCUCAGGAGAUCUUUCACUUCAUCCAAUGUAAAACAUAUCUUUGUGGAGCUGGAUUUGUGCACAAGGACGUUUUGUUCUUCUAGGAUUGUCUUCUUCUUCCUCGUGUAUUUAAGCAGCACGAGAUUUGUCUAAUGAAUGCAUUUGUCUCAAAGAGUGCCGAUGGGGGUUUCUAGCAGGGUUCCUACAAGCCCAGGAACACAUGGCCUUCUGAAACCGUGGAUCAGUGGCUCCACCAAGCGGCCACGCUCUAAAACCAGCUUGCACAUUUUUGUGUUGAAUGAAGCUCCGCCUCUGAGAGCGUCGGAGAAGAUAAGCAGUGUGUAAGUGUGGAUCUGAGUCCGAGAUGAUCCUCCAGCGAGGGGGUUAGGACGCGAGCGUGAGACAGCCAGGAGAUCAGUGAGAGACGGAGACAGAGACAGAGGGCGGACACAGGUCGAGCCGGGAGCCGGGAGAGGCGAUGAUGGCGGCGGCCAUAGAGAGAGGAGGGGUCCGGGCCGCCUUCAUGAAUCCAGGCACGGGAGGCGUCGGCGUCGGUGUCGGAGUCGGUGGUCUCGCACCGGGGGUCGGGCUCACCGCUCCGGGAAUCAUGACCGGAUCCGGGGCUGCAGCCUCGGGCUCUUCUGGUCCUCUUCCCGUUCCUAUGAAUCUUUUUGCGACGUGGGAGAUCGACCGAUCCUCCCCGAGCUGCGUGCCGAGGCUCUGCAGCCUCACCCUGAAGAAGCUGAUUGUUUUGAAGGAGCUCGACCGAGAACUCAACUCCGUGGUCAUCGCCGUGAAGAUUCAGGGAUCCAAACGUAUCUUGAGAUCCAAUGAGUACAUGCUCCCUCCCAGUGGACUGAUGGAGACGGACCUGGAGCUCACUUUUUCCCUACAGUAUCCCCACUUCCUGAAGAGAGAUGUUAACCGCUUGCAGAUAAUGCUCCAGAGGAGAAAGCGGUAUAAGAAUCGGACCAUCCUGGGAUACAAGACCCUCGCUGUGGGCGUUAUCGACAUGGCCGAGGUGAUGCAGCACCCAACAGACGGAGGACAGAUUCUGGGUCUCCAUAGCAACGUGAAGGAAGCCCCUGUACGUGCGGCGGAGUUGAGCGUGUACUCUCUGUCCAGUCAGCCAAUUGACCCCGAGGACGGCAGCGGACAGCCAGGGGCAAAGGUCAAAGCUUCAGAUCGAUCUCCAGAUAUGGAUAACUAUUCAGAAGAUGACGACGACAGCUACUCGUCAGAGCAGGAGGCCAGUGAUGAUGCAGUUCAGGCCCAAGACCUGUACGAUGAGGACGACGAGGUCCAGCGAAAGCCAAAGAAAACCCGACGGAAAAUGAUCCGAACUACCUCUAUAACUCGGCAACCGAAUUUCAAGCAGAAGUUUGUUGCCCUUCUGAAGAGGUUCAAGGUUACAGAUGAGGUUCUGGAUUCGGACCCGGUGGAUCAGACCCAGGAGGUAGAGGAGGAUCUGGAUCUGCUAUACGACAGCCUGGAGGUGUACAACCAGAGCGACAGUGGGCCGGAGAUGGAGGACAACGACAGUGUCCUCAGUACCCCUAAACCCAAGCUGAAGCCUUUCUUCGAGGGAAUGUCGCACUCCAGCUCGCAGACCGAAAUCGGAAGUUUGCACAGUCAGAGGAGUCAACCGAGAGAACAGAGUGCUGGUGCCGACAUGCUGGCUGUUGAAAAGGAGAGAGCAGCAGCUGGACGCUUCCAGGAUGAGACGUCUGUGUCGGAUAUCACCGCGGUGGAGGCGGCUGAGGAGGACGCAGGAGUGGGAGGAGCUCCAAGCCAACAUGAUGCCAACCUGAGCUGGGAGAUGAGUGUCGAGAGACUGGCCAAGAUCUGCAAAACCGAGUCCCAAAACAUGAUGUCACCCAGUAAGACAGACAGUAAGCUGCAGAGACGACCGCGCAGCACCUCUAUGAAGGACAGACAGAGCUCCAAAACUCAGAGCGACAGAACGAGCAGCAUCGACAGUGAAACCUCACCUGACUCCAGACUCACUGUGCAGGUUCCCAGGAAGUGUGUGUACGAUCAGCUCAAUCAGAUCCUCAACUCGGAUGAGCAGCUGCCGGAGAGCAUCAUCCUCAUCAACACUACCGACUGGCAGGGCCAGUAUCUGAACGAGAUCCUCCACGAGCACAAGCAGCCCAUCGUCUCAACCAUCUCUGCUGCAGAUGUCCAGGCAGCCUUCAACACCAUCGUCACCAGAAUCCAGAGAUUCUGCAACUGCAACGCACAAACGCCUCCCACCAUCAAGGUGGCUGUGGCCGGAGACCAGAGUUACCUAAGCACUGUGCUGAGGUGCUUCGUGGAACAGCUGGCGAACAAGACGCCUGAUUGGCUGAGCUACAUCCGCUUCCUGGUCAUUCCUGUCGGUUGCCACCCUGUGGCGAAGUACAUUUCGUCAUUUGAUAAUAAGUUCAGCAGCAUUUUCAUGGACGCUGCCUGGAGAGACGUGUUUGGGAGGUUGGAGGCCCCAACAUCAGACACCAUAGAUGUUGCCGGUCGAGUGUCUCAGUAUCUGGCGGGAGCCAACAUGUCCCAUCACUUCCCCAUCUCUGAGGCCAUGCUUACCUACAAACAGAAAAGGAAAAGAAGUUUGUAUUUUGAUUUUUACAUCAGCCCCGAUGAGGACUCGUGCCAGAAGUUUGUGCCGUUCAUUGGGCUGGUCAAAGUAGGCAUCGUUGAGCACAACUUGUCCACGUCAGUGGAUUCUGAUGAUGCCAACGUGAUGGGCAGUAUGAACAUACUGUCUUCACCUCCAGCCCAGAGUGGAGCACCGUAUGGGAAAGACAUGACCUGCACACCUCCUUCAUCUCCCUCUGUCUCAGCUAGUCUGUCUGGAGCAGGUUCUCCAGGCUCAGGGGGAGAAGUGAUGGGGCUGCAGGUAGAUUACUGGACGUGUUUGGGGGCGGAGAAGAAGAAGGAUGGUGAGAAAAGGGACGUGGGGAUGAAGAACACGCUGAAGAGCAACUUCCGUUCCCUGCAGGUCUCACGCAUCCCCAGCGGAGGAGAACUCACCGCACCUCACGGCAUGGCCAUGACCGUCGUCAUGAAGGAGAAAAAUAAGAAAGUGAUUUUCCUCAGCAAGAAGCCGAAAGAAAAGGACGUGGACUCCAAGAGCCAGGUGAUCGAUGGUAUUAGUAGGCUGAUCUGCACGGCCAAACACCAACACACCAUGCUGAGAGUCUCCAUCGAUGGUGUUGAGUGGCACGAUGUGAAGUUUUUCCAGCUGGCUGCUCAGUGGCCCACCCAUGUAAAGCACUUCCCCGUGGGAAUCUUCGGCUACACCAAGGCCCUGUGACGAUCUCGUGCCGUUCUGGAACUUCCUCCUGACCGAAUGGCGAAUGAAGCAAGGAAGAGACUGAUGGAGGGGAAAAAAAGGGAGACUGAAAAAAAAAAAAAUCACAAAAUGUGGAUUUUCCUGUGGAAAUGCUCUGAAGCCUCUGUUUCAAACGACAUGGAUGUGGUUAUUAAUGUUCUGUUCUGUUCUUGUUUGUUGCACCAGCAAAAGGAAGAAGGUUUGUUUAUAUAUGUGUGUGUGUGUGUGUGUGUGUGUGUGUGUGUGUGUGUGUGUGUGUGUGUGUAUAUAAAGCUGCCAUUUUUGUAUACAUAUUGUGGUUAGACUUUUUGUAGCCACUACAUAAUGGCAGCUUGGUUUUGCACUUUGUUUCGCAUUUUUAUUAUUUCAAUGAAAUCCUGUGGUCGAUUUGUUCUUUGUACGAGGUGGUAUGUGUGUGUGUGUGUGUGUGUGUGUGUGUGUGUGUGUGUGUGUGUGUGUGUGUGUGGUGCAGGAGUGAAGAUGAUUAUACAGGAAGGGGUGUUGUUAGGGCAGGCGAGGGUGGGGGUGGGGUGAGGGUGAGGUGGGAUUGUGCUGUAAAAGCAUUUCUGUUUGAAGGUUGAAAACGGAGGGAAAGGAACUUUUAGCCAUUAAGGACGGACUCCAGCGUAUUGCAUCCCGAUUGAUAUCUGGUGGAUUUCAGGGCGGCGUGCGUGUGAUUACGAUGCAAAAUCGUGACUUUCACUUUACUGAGAAAAGGACUUGAAUAGUGUCGAUAAAAAAUUCCCAAACGUUUUAAAUCACUAUACGCACAAAAGUUUGUGGACACCUGACUAUAAGGCCCUCCUUUUGAAGAUCCCAUUCCACAUUGUGUCCCCAUUUGUACUUAUAAUAAGCUCCACUCUUCUGGGAAGAGUGUUCCACCAGAUUUUGUGGAGGUCACAAGGGUGUUAGGAGCAUAUCUUCAUGGAGCUGGCUUUGUGCACAGGGAGAUUAUCAGGCUGGAACAGGUUUGGGUCUCCUUGGGACACUAGGAGGUUUGGGUCUCCUGGUGUGCAUCUCACUAAGUGCUAACAAUUUACGGAGGAACCACAUAUGGUGGGAAAAGUCAGGUGUCUCAAUACUUUUGUCCCUAUUGAUUAAUUAAAACAGAUGUGAAUGUUUAUUUUUUUAAUGGAAUGUUCAAUGCUUUCUUUUCCUUUAUUAUCAGAUUAGCAAAGCACGCUAAGCUCUUUGCUAAUUCCUUACAAGCGCUAGUUUUCAUACUGAAUGACUGGGGAGAUGAAAUCAGGUUAAUUUGUCGAACAAUUAAAUGGAAAUUGACGUGUGUAGGAACUAAAGAAAUGUUACCUCAGAUGCGCCAGAAGAAUACUUCAGAGGUUUGCUUGUUUUUGUGUAGAAAAAGUCACCUGUCUGAAACUGGCCUCAGAACUGAGAUUUACUAAAGAGUUCAUGAAAAGCUUGGGUCAUGGGUUUAGUUCCUUUUCUCAGUACAGGGAAACAUUUAGUGUACACUACAGUACAGUCGAUCGUGACGGGACAGAAGAGCGCUAUGGUUUUUCUGAGGUAAUAAUUGUCCUGGUUUGACUCUGAAGCACAGUGAAAAAAGGGAGAACUAUGAACUCGAAGCUGCUCUCGCUUCUGUCCAUGAUUGUAUCUAAAUAAGGGAAACUGGACUUUUUUGAAAGGGACAUAUACGAAUUUACUAUAUAAAUACUGUAUAUGGACAAAUGCUUGUGGACACCUGACCAUUAGCUUCUUUUUUUUACCUUGUGGACAUUUGUGAAGAUCCGUUCAUCCCUAAGGGUGUUAGAGAAGUCAGUAGGUGAGUUGAGGUGAGGUGAGGAGGCCUGGGGAGCAGUCAGCAUCCUGUUUUCUAUACAGAAGCAGGAGAUCUUCCAUUUCAUGGAGCUGGUUUUGUGCAAAGUUUGGGUCUUCUAGUUCAAGUGAAGGAAACGUUUUUCCACUUCGCUCCUGCAUCCAAAUACAUCCUGUGUGUGCCUCUGAGUUCGUUCGACCAGGAGAAGUCAGUUGUCCUGAUACUUUUGCCGUAUCGUUUGAGGAACAUCUGGAUACAGAUUUAUGCUCAGACCAAAAAUCCUCCAAACACAUGCACCUGCACCCUUUAAGCGUCCGGUCGAUCCUCAGACGACUCCGGUUUGCCAAGGCGAAAAUAUUCGGACAGGCCCUAUCACGCUCGGGAUUGGGGGACGGGGGGGAUGGGGGUGGGGCGCACUAGGACUUGAUUGAGUGGGGUAGUUUGAGUGAUCUGGAGGACACAGGGUGAGUCGUGUCAGCUGUUGACUGCCAUUAAAGGGCUUUGUGGUAAAAAAAAAAAAGGGAACGUGCUCCAUCUUUAUAAUAGAGCUGUGUUUUUGUAUAUCUCAAUAAUCCCUUUACACAGAUGUGUGUGUGUGUGUGUGUGUGUGUGUGUGUGUGUGUGUGUAUAUAAAUAUAUAUAAAUGUGUGUGUAAGAGAAAAUGAUAAAGAUAUGAAGAUGAACAUAUAGCGGAUAGAUUGGAGAUUGGCGUGUGUGCGUGUGUGUGUGUGUGUGUGUGUGUGUGUGUGUGUGUGUGUGAGACCCAGAAGAAGCAUCAUUUGAGGUGGAUUUGAGGCUGAAGGCUUGAGCAUUGCAGUGUUAUUCAGUAUAUGGAGUGAAACUGGGACACUGUUUGAGGGUUUGUGUGUUUUCUGACUGUCAUAUGUACAAAACAUGUUCACAUUCAGUCUCGGAUCUACGGCGCAUUUCGUCGCUUUGUGGAGGCCGGAUUUUGUCGAAAGGAAGCACUACAGCGGCGUCAGCUCGUCCUCUUUUCCAGCCCGGAGAGAUUGUGAACAGAAAAACACACACACACACACACACACACACACACACACAAAACAAACACUACCAUGUGGUCAGUCUGUUUGUCGAGAUAAAAGAUUUCCGCAGACACGUUUUUUUGCACAAAAAUGUCAUUACGUUUGAUAUGACAGUAUUUGUUUUUACGGUAUACCACUGAGGCAAGCUUUGCUCCUUAUGUUCCCGUUCCGUAUGUGAAUGUACGUAUUUGAAUUUUUUUUUCUGCUUUUCGUAUUUCUUUUUUUUCUUUUUUUUAACUUCGCCGGUUUGCGAACGUGGAUUAGAACCCGCAUUGUUGUUCUUAACGUUGUUUUGUAUGACCCUUUUAAAGGAGUUGAGCUCUUUUAUAAAAGAAUUUUGUGUUCAAUUCCAAGGAUUUGAAGCAUUUCACAUGGAAUACGGGCCACGAAAUGAACCGGUGUGUUCUGUUUUAUGAGUGCACAGACAAAUACUUUUCUUUUGUUCUGUAUUUGAUAAACACAUAACAUUGUGUAAAAUUGAUGAAAUAAACGCUAAAGCUGUA